AGUAUUCGCAGUGGACCACAAACAGUGGGGGAGGGGGGAACAAGAAAGACUGCUCUCGACACUUGUGCUUUUGUUAGUCCUACAGAAGAGGCAGAAAAACAAGAGAUAACAAAGGCUGUUUCCUUUCUGUGAGAGAAGGCUUUCGUCUUUCCUCCUGCAACAAUGUCAGUAUCUGGCAAGAAAGAGUUUGAUGUGAAACAGAUCCUAAGACUACGCUGGAGAUGGUUUAGUCAUCCUUCUCAAGGCUCACCCAACACUGGAAACUGCCUUCAGCAGGAAGGAUAUGAGCAUAGAGGGACCCCGGUUCAGAGCAGAUUGAAGAACCACUCUCGGGACAGAAAUGGACUGAAGAAAAGCAACAGUCCUGUCCACCACAGCAUACUACCACCAGUGCCAGAAUUGGCCCCUGCCCAUCAAAGAGCCCUUCAGAACUGGCACUCACGAAAACUGAUAGAACAUCUUCGAGCAAAUGAAGAUACUCCUAAAGCAGUUCCAGGGAAUUUGUUCAAAGAAGCUUAUGAGAAACACUCACAAGAUGUGGAGAUGAUGGCUGAUGACAAUACAGAAGAUUCUACAGCAGGAUUGGCUACACAGCAUGCUGAAGACAUGAGUGUUAGCAGAUCUGAGGAGCAGUUCCAUGCCGUAAACCAUGCACAAAAAACUCUUCAAAAAAUGGAGAACUACUUGAAAGAGAAACAAUUGUGUGAUGUGUUACUCAUUGCUGGACACCUCCGGAUUCCUGCGCAUCGGUUGGUUCUUAGUGCAGUGUCUGAUUAUUUUGCUGCAAUGUUUACUAAUGAUGUGCUUGAAGCCAAACAAGAAGAGGUCAAGAUGGAAGGAAUCGAUCCUAAUGCACUUAAUUCCUUAGUGCAGUAUGCCUAUACAGGUGUCCUGCAAUUGAAAGAAGAUACUAUUGAAAAUUUGCUGGCUGCAGCUUGUCUCCUGCAGCUGACUCAAGUCAUUGAAGUCUGCUCCAAUUUUCUUAUAAAGCAGCUCCACCCUUCAAACUGCUUAGGGAUUCGAUCAUUUGGAGAUGCCCAAGGCUGUACAAAGCUCCUAAAUGUGGCACAUAGAUACACAAUGGAACACUUCAUCGAGGUAAUACAGAACCAAGAAUUCCUCCUCCUUCCAGCUAAUGAGAUUUCAAAACUUUUGUGCAGUGAUGACAUUAAUGUGCCUGAUGAAGAAACCAUUUUCCAAGCUCUAAUGCUGUGGGUGGGGCAUGAUGUGCAGGCUAGGCAACAAGACCUAGCAAUGCUGCUUUCUUACAUCAGAUUGCCGUUACUUCCACCACAGUUACUGGCAGAUCUUGAAAACAGCUCCAUGUUUACUGGUGAUCUUGAAUGUCAGAAACUCCUGAUGGAAGCUAUGAAGUAUCAUCUCUUACCUGAGAGAAGACCCAUGAUGCAAAGUCCUAGGACAAGGCCUAGAAAAUCAACUGUGGGAGCACUUUAUGCUGUAGGAGGAAUGGAUGCUAUGAAAGGUACCACUACAAUUGAAAAAUAUGACCUCCGGACCAACAGCUGGCUACACAUUGGCACCAUGAAUGGGCGUAGGCUUCAGUUUGGAGUUGCUGUUAUUGAUAACAAACUCUAUGUUGUGGGAGGAAGAGAUGGUUUAAAAACUUUGAAUACUGUGGAAUGUUUUAAUCCAGUUGGCAAAAUCUGGACAGUGAUGCCUCCCAUGUCAACACAUAGGCAUGGCUUAGGUGUAGCCACACUUGAAGGACCAAUGUAUGCUGUUGGUGGCCAUGAUGGAUGGAGUUAUCUAAAUACAGUAGAAAGAUGGGACCCUGAGGGACGUCAGUGGAAUUACGUGGCCAGUAUGUCAACUCCUAGAAGCACAGUUGGUGUAGUCGCAUUAAACAAUAAGCUAUAUGCUAUUGGUGGACGUGAUGGAAGUUCCUGCCUCAAAUCUAUGGAAUAUUUUGACCCACACACUAACAAAUGGAGUCUGUGUGCUCCAAUGUCCAAAAGACGUGGAGGUGUAGGAGUUGCAACAUACAAUGGAUUCUUAUAUGUGGUUGGGGGUCAUGAUGCCCCUGCUUCUAACCAUUGCUCCAGACUUUCUGCCUGUGUUGAACGGUAUGAUCCAAGAAAUGAUUCAUGGUCAACUGUGGCACCUCUGAGUGUUCCUCGAGAUGCUGUUGCUGUAUGUCCCCUUGGAGACAGACUCUAUGUGGUUGGAGGAUAUGAUGGACACACUUAUUUGAACACUGUUGAAUCGUAUGAUGCACAGAAAGAUGAAUGGAGAGAGGAAGUUCCUGUUAAUAUUGGAAGAGCUGGUACAUGUGUUGUGUUGGUGAAGCUACCAGAAACUAUCUUUAUCAAAGGGGAGGGAACCAAAUAAUCUCAAGAAAUGGAGUAGGAAGAGAAGAGGAAGAAGAAACUUGUCCUUUCCUUCGAUUAGUAACCAAACAUGAAAAUUCUUGUGUCAUUUUAAUGUGCAGUUAUAAAUGCUCUCAUUUGUGAAGCCAAAGUAAAGUUCGAACAUUAACUACAUAUAGGUGUUUAGUGUAUAUGUUGUUGCAGUUAAUAUAAAUGAAACGUCAGUAGUCUAGGUUUAGCCUUAUUAUUUUAAAAUGUUAAAAACCUUUCAGGGAAAUUGAUAGUGACCAAAGUAUUAAAGGUUAUAAGAGUAUGAGUAAUUUUAAGUUAGUCUGAUAAGUUAAAAAAACAUUACUGUAUACUAACACAUAUAUAUGGAAUUUAAAAAGAUGGUAACGAUAACCCUAUAUGCAAAACAGAAAAAGAGACACAGAUGUACAGAACAGACUUUUGGACUCUGUGGGAGAAGGCGAGGGUGGGAUGUUUCGAGAGAACAGCAUCGAAACAUGUAUACUAUCAAGGGUGAAACAGAUCACCAGCCCAGGUUGGAUGCAUGAGACAAGUGCUCAGGCCUGGUGCACUGGGAAGACCCAGAGGGAUCGGGUGGAGAGGGAGGUGGGAGGGGGGAUCGGGAUGGGGAAUACAUGUAAUUCCAUGGUUGAUUCAUGUCAAUGUAUGACAAAACCCACUACAAUAUUAUAAAGUAAUUAGCCUCCAACUAAUAAAAAUAAAUGAAAAAAAAUUUCUAUUUCCAAAAAAUAUAAGCACCCUAUUAUUUAGAACAUAACUAAUAUAAAAGAUCUAAAGCUUAAAUUACAACAUUUGAUUUUCAGUAAGACAUCAUCUUCAUAUUCAAACAGUAUCCCAAAUAGCUAAAUAGUAACUCACAUUUACCAAGAGGUAAAAAAAAAAAUAGGUUAAAAAAAAACUCAUACAUAAUUUGUUACACCGAUCACAGUAUGUUAAAAUUUUCACAGACAUUCUUUUUACAGUACCAUCUUUCACAGCACACAUACAGAUUUGGUAAUUCCUUAAUAUGUUGUCUUGUUAGAUUUGUUACCAGUAAAAUAUUAUUGUAAUUUCAUAUACACAAUCUAUACAAUAUAGGGGUAACUAUCUAUCAUAUUGAUACAAACUGUGACCUUAGCUUUUAAGUAUCAGGGCCUCACUUAUAUAGACAUUAAUAUUAUCCUUAAACAUUUCUGCAAACUCUUGUAACACCUGUCAUUAUAAACAACUUUUAAAAAUCAAAGCAAUUUUUAAACAGUAGUAAAAUUGAGAUGUUCUUCAAUAUUAACACAUGGAAACACCAAAAUAUUCAACAUCCGUCGUUAAUUGUAUAUCUUUUUUGUACCAGUACAUGCUUUUAUUUUAAUUUUGUAUUCAUCCAGCAAAGAAUGUUAAGGAUAUAUGUACUCAAAAAGUCUUCAAAUUAAGAAACAACAAAAAAGCCUGACUGGGUAGUAUUUUACUUUUAACUUCUUACUUCCAUGUUCAAUUAUAAAAAAAAAAAAAAACAUAAGAAAGUGCCAAAAAAAAAUGACUUCUUUAUGACAGUAACUUUUCAAGUAAAUUACAAUUUUAGAAUUUCUGCAAUAUGUUAUUUUAAAUGGAUUUUUGUAUUGUAGUAUGUGAAACAAACAAAUAAAAUCCAGAGAUGCUUAUAAAAUGUACUGCCUUUUAAGUUUUAAAAAAGAGCAGCAUAAACAUAUGAAGAUAUCUGUGCUUUGGAAAACUGAAUUUAAAUAAAAUAUAUUUCCUCUGGUUAUAAAGAGUGUGGCUUUAAAUUAUGUCAA